UGGCUCAGGUUUUAUCUUCUGCUCCCUCCUCGACCUCAAACACAACAUGAUGUCAUGUGCUGGUAUGGGCUCAGCUUCGCAGGUUGUUUCGAGGGGUGCCUGAGAGAGUUUUUAUUUUGUUAGAAUAAUUUUUUGUGUCUUGAACUUGAUUUGCAAAAGGAACCAGGAGGAAGAAUCGCUUGGGACUCAGACUGCAGUGGAUGCAUGUUUUUAGAACAAGACAUCUGAAAUAAAAUAAUUUCAGUGAUUCCUGAGGGGGGAGAAAGCCAUCAACCUCUGAAAUAAGACUGAACGAAGAACCGCAGCUAUGCUCGGCGGUGAAGGAGAGAGCAGCACCUUCUCUUCUACGAAGGAGGCAGCGGAUGAGAGGCGCAAGUCUCCAGCUGUGGAUGGGGAUGACCCGGCUGCUCGCAGCAGGUACACAGAGCACGGGAUGGGUGCUGACCGGUACUACCUCCCUCCAGCAGUUUCUAAACAAAACCCAGAGGCAGCGAAUCCCUGCUCUUUCAUCCCCUAUACCCCUAGUGGGACGGUUUAUACCCCGUCCGGCGCUGGCAGGUACCCCUCAUCUCUCCACUUGGGCUCCGUGUUGCCUCCCGGGGGGUUUUCCCCCUCCACAGCCGGCCGCAGUCACUUCAGCUCGGCUUACCAGCUCGGGCAGAGCCCCGGCUGCAUCUACCCGCCCUACACCGGCUCUGGUUCCGCUCUCAGCAACAUGACUCUGCCCACCGCCGGCCCAGGGAUGAGGGCCCAGGUCUACCUCUGCAACCGGCCGCUGUGGCUCAAGUUCCACCGGCACCAGACCGAGAUGAUCAUCACCAAGCAGGGCAGACGGAUGUUCCCGUUUCUCAGUUUCAACAUAGCUGGUCUGAGCCUGACAGCGCACUACAACGUGUUUGUGGAGGUUGUGCUGGCGGAUCCGAACCACUGGAGAUUUCAAGGUGGCAAGUGGGUCACCUGUGGGAAGGCGGACAACAGCAGCCAAGGGAACAAAGUGUAUAUCCAUCCAGAGUCUCCAAACACAGGGGCCCACUGGAUGAGACAAGAGAUCUCCUUCAGCAAACUGAAACUCACCAACAACAAAGGAACCAGUCACAAUACUUCACAGAUGAUUGUCCUGCAGUCGCUGCAUAAGUACCAGCCCAGGCUGCACAUCGUGGAGGUGACGGAAGACGGAGUGGAGGACAUUAACAGUGACGUUAAGACUCAGAGCUUCACUUUUCCAGAGACCCAGUUUAUUGCUGUCACUGCCUACCAGAACACGGAUAUCACACAGCUGAAAAUUGAUCAUAACCCUUUUGCCAAAGGAUUCAGAGAUAAUUAUGAUUCGAUGUACACAGCACCAGAGAAUGACCGCCUCACCCCAUCUCCAACUGACUCUCCACGUGCCCACCAGAUAGUCCCUGGUGCCCGCUACACCAUGCAGCCCCUCUUCCAGGACCAAUUUGUCAACAACCCACCCCAGAAUCGCUUCUACAACAGUGAGAGAGCAGUACCACAAACUACCAGCCUCCUCUCACCUCAGACUGAAGACGGAGCUUCGCAGAGGUGGUUUGUCACCUCCAUGCAGCAAGGAGGAAACAGCACUAGCACCAGCAACAAGCUAGAUCUGACACCUUAUGAGGGUGAAUACUCAAGCUCCCUUCUUCCUUAUGGUAUCAAAUCCCUGUCCAUGCAAACAUCCCACGCUCUCAGCUACUACCCAGACUCUCCUUUCACCACCAUGUCUGCUGGGUGGGGGUCCAGAGCAGCAUACCAGAGAAAAGUGACUCCGAGUCUACCUUGGUCUCCCAGACCCAGUCCCACUGCUGGUUUCCCAGAAGACUCAGACAAAGUAAAACCACAGAUAGAGGAGGAGGUGAAUGGCAGUGGAAGCCUGAUCUCCUCGUGGACAGAGACACAGGCAUCAGCUCUUGGCCUUGACAAGGCUGAUUCUUAUUCUACAGCCUGCAAACGAAGGCGUUUGUCCCUUAAUGGUCCAAGCACAGAGGACUCACCCGCUGACAUCAAGUGUGAGGACUUGGCCUCAGCUGCCACCAACAGUAGCUCCUAUAGCAAGGAGCCCCCUCCAUCCAAAGGCAUGGCAGCUUACUAUUCCUUUUACACAAACCCUUGAAUGAUUUGUCUCUGACAGAUAUGGCGUCAUGUUGUGAUUUAGUUGUUCUUCAUCUGCCACCAUGAAUAAGAAUUAUUAUUUUGCGUUUUUGGUAUGUGUGCACCCGGAAUUUGUCUCGGUGUUGAAAAAUGUUUUUUUUCCUUCUGUGGUGGCAAAGGAAAUAUCAAGGACACAUUAAAAAUAAUGGCAUUAAAGGUUAUGAGACAUGUGUGGCAUAAUAAGCAUUGCCCCCCAUGAGAUGUAGGCUUAUUUUGUUUGUUUUCCUUGACAAUAUAUUUUUUGAACCCCCUUAUGUAACUCUGUAUUUGCAAUUCUGAAAGUGCCAAAGCAUUUGUUUAAGUUUCCCCAUUUUUAAGAACAGUGUUAUGUAUGUUCUAUUGUUGCAUACAUUACUGUAUCUGGCUUUAAACUGAGAUUAUGUGUUUACAGAUUAUUUAUUGAAGGCCCGUUGAUAUGAAAGUUGUGCACUCUUAAAUGUGAGAAUAAUAUGCUGUAUAUACCUUCAUUUCAAUGUUCAGAUAUUUGAUAAUA